AUGUCAAACACCAACUUUCGCCUGGAAUCGUUUCGUCCAUGGAAUCCUUUCCAUGACAAAGCUCAGCCAUUGCGCAAUUCCCCUGGUACUUGUCGCUACCCAAGUCCAGUCUCGAUCACCACUACUCCGCCAAGCUCCAAUUCUAGCGACUAUGACCCGAAGAGCCAAAAGUUUCAUUCCCACAAACCCGAGCGACACCCCCUUCCUGCCCGCCCGCCGACGGAGGUCUGCUUAGAUGGGUUGCAUUCGGAAGCUCAAACCACUCGACGAGAAUCGAAGGGCUUAGAUCAGACAAUUUCCGCUGUUAUUGACCCGGAGCCUGUCAACUUCGAGAACAUUUUGCAACCACAAAACAUAGUUGGUGCAGAUGACGUCGCUUCUACAAGAUUUGCCGAUGAUAUCCAUUGGGAAAAAGAGCAUCAAUUCCUCAAUUUGGAAUCGGGCGACUGGGAUUCUGUGGAUUUUGCCGGUCAAAAUCCUCAUACUGUUGAUCUUGGAAUCCCUGCUCAGAAUGCAGAGCUUCCAAAUAUUCAAACUAUCGAUCCUGCAAUCUUAAAUGACCAUGCCUCUCCGGUUGUCGAACCCACUCAAACGACUACGAGGAUCACCGACAUCGCAAUGAACCCGGACGAAUGUCCCGCGAAAUUCAUUCGCUCUCAGAACAAAGUCUCAUUUCUCGAACGCAGACAACGAAAUUCAAAAGGGAGGAUGGACACUGAUUGUCAGUCCUCAAUAUCCAAGAAAAGUUCGGGUACGAGAAAAGGGCAUACAGGAUUUGGCCCUACUCGGCCCAAGAAAAGUUCCGGUCACCGUCAGAGCGUUUCUUUCCCCACAGUUCGUGCCCAAUUCUCGUCCCUUUCCGUCGAAGACCGACUACAGUUCCUGUCCUGGCUUUUUGAGGGUGCGUUAACUCAUUGCACUUCUGCACCUUCGAACGCCGCUGCCGCUUCUCCAUCAAGCCAAUAUGACGACAUAAGCGACGACUAUGGCCACACGAGCUUGAACAAUGAAGCAGUUGAAGCGCCGCACACCUCUUCGAGAAAGGGACUACGGUGGUCUGCGGAGGAAGAUCGCCUUUUGAUGAAGCUUAAAGACGAGCAAAACCUGGCUUGGUCGGAGGUGGUCAAACAAUUUUCACAAGAAUUCCCCGGGCGGAGCGAAGGGUCAAUAAAAGUGUACUGGAGCACAACAAUGAAGAAAAGGCGGCCAUCUUUCCCCAUUGUUCUUAUUGCUUGA